AUGCAGGUGAAACUUCGUGGCCCCCCCCUUAGCUGGGCCAUCACGCUGUGCUGCGCCAGUGCCUAUCUCCUCUACGGAUAUGAUGAGGGCGUGGUUGGUGGUUUAGUUUCCCAGCCAAGCUUUCUUGAUGCCCUGGGAAAUCCAGGCUCAGGCUACUUGGGAACCAUUAUUGCACUAUACGAUGUUGGAUGCAUGAUUGGAUGCGUGACUGCAGCCAUCGUUGGAUUCAAGGUCGGCCGGAGAUAUGUCAUUUUUGGGGGCUGCAUGGUUAUGAUUGUUGGCGCAGCCAUUCAGACUUCUACUCAUGGAGCCGGGCAAUUCAUCGCCGGUAGAAUCAUCUGCGGUAUCGGAAACGGGUUGAAUACGUCGACUAUACCCGUCUAUGUCUCUGAAACGACCAGGAGUAACCGACGUGGAAGCAUGGUAGCUGUCCAAUUAGCAAUUGUGAUCUUUGGACUUGUUGUAGCGUACUGGGUGGACUAUGGCACUGUUCACAGCCUGUCUGGCGAGAUUGUCUGGCGCUUCCCAAUUGCAUUCCAAAUAGUAUUUGCUGUGGUCACUGGUGCUAUAAUCCUCUUACUCCCAGAGUCUCCCCGGUUCCUCUAUAACCAGGGAGAGAUUCACAAGUCAGCAGAAAUCUUGUCUCAGCUGAUGGACGUUCCUAUCGACGAUGCGUCAGUAAUUUUCAUUCAAGCUGAAAUGGAAGCAGCUGUCAGAGUUGAAAAGGAGCAGCCGUUUCGGUGGAAAAGGUUUUUUGAAAAGUCCGAUGUCAAGACUUCUCGACGCCUGGUCAUCUGUUUCAUGCUACAGAUGUUUCAACAGUUUACAGGAAUUCAUGUCACCGCUGUCUAUGCAACUGUUAUCCUUACGGAUAAUGUCGGCCUGUCCCUCGAGACCAGCAGCUUAGUGGCUGGGUUCAUCCAACUUGCCUUCUUCGUCGGUACGCUACCACCCAUUUUCAUGAUCGAUCGAUAUGGAAGACGACGACUACUUCUGAUCGGGGCUAUCGCCAUGGCUAUAUGCAUGUCUAUUUUCACGGCAGCCAUCGCCGUCCCAACUGUUGCUACAGGGCGCUUGGCUUUGGCCAUGUUGAUCCUGUACGAACUCUGGUUCGGUGCAACUUGGAACUGCACACCUUGGAUCAUCGCUCCGGAGAUCACUCCUUUGCAUCUGCGUCAUGUCGGCGGUGCAAUUUGUGCAUUCUCGGAAUGGUUGUGGACAUUUGUGAUCGUCCUCAUUACUCCUGCUGCAAUCAGGAAUACUGGGUGGAGAAUUUACAUUCUCUUCUGUAUCAUGUGUGUCGUCGCAUUUGUAUUUGUCUGGUUUUUCCUUCCAGAGACUGCUGGUAAAACAUUGGAGGAAAUUGACUACAUCUUUGCUACUGGCGAGGCGAAAGAUCGUCUCGAACGCCAGUUCUUGGACGCCCAAGAGGAAACACUAGACAACGAUGCAAAAGAGAUAGCGGUAAACGUUGAGGGAAAGACAGCUUAA